AUGGCGAUGCGGGAGUUGGUGGAGGCAGAAUGUGGGGGAGCCAAUCCUCUCAUGAAGUUGAAGAGUCACAUGACCAAAGAGGAUGGGGCAUGGCGGCACCGCUCAACGCCGACAAUUCCUCCUACUCCAAUUGAAAUUGCAACAGAAGAAGAGCUUGUGAGUGAGUUUCUUCAAGCUCCACCUCGACCUCCACACACAUUUGACAUGGGUCAGCUCUUAGAGGAAAUGCAGCAGAUUGACCAACAGAGCUACAGACAAGCUCCACAGAGAGCACCAGAUGUGGCAGCGCUGGCCCUCUCAGGCGACUGGGCUGCAGAAUUUGUCUCGGGUUCUGACUCGGCUGCCACCAAUGCUCUUGGUGAAGCGGUGGAUUCUGAUUGGACGAGGGAAUUUAUCGCUGAAGCUGCAGAUCCGGGACGCUGGGCAGAGGAGUAUCUGGAGCAGUCUGAGGAGAAGCUGUGGCUCGGGGACCUUGGAGACAAGGAGACCGAAUGGACGAAGGAGUAUCAGCCUGGAGAUGAACUGAGGCAGACGGCCAAUGAGCUCGUUUCAAAGGUUGAUGACCCAAAGUUACAAAACACAGAGUUCCUGCGAUUCAUUAGGCAGAUUGGCGAGGGCAGUGUGACAGUGGAGAGCAGAACAGACAGACAGCUCACAGAUAAAGUUCAGGCCGAGGAGGCUCAGAACUGGGCCUCCAACCUCAACCAGUUCUUGACAAAGACGGGGGGAGGGAGUCUUCCCUUGGAACCUCCAGAGAAGAAUCAGAGGAUUGAGAAAGUUAAAGCUAAACAAGCAGAGCAGUGGGCCAAAGUCGUCAGGCAGGUGUCAGAGGAGUCAGCUGAAGCCUGGGUGGACGAGUUCACCACAGUGGGGCCAGAUUUUCAACAAGCCAAAGCUGCAGUGGAGAGUGAUGUUGAUUUCUGGGAGAAGCUGCAGCAGGAGUGGGAGGAGAUGGCCAAGAGAGAUGCAGAAAGUCAUCCAUGGUUGUCUGACUACGAUCAGCUGCUUAGCUCCUCUUAUGAUAAGGGGUAUCAGUUUGAAGAGGAGAACCCCUACCUAUCCCACCCAGACCCUUUCUCAGAGGGUCUAAAGAAGAUGGAGGCGGGUGACAUCCCAGGAGCUGUGCGCUUCUUUGAAAGUGCUGUUCAGAAGGAACCAGACAACCAGCUGGCUUGGCAAUAUCUGGGAACCUGCCAAGCAGAGAAUGAGCAGGAAUUUGCUGCUAUCAGCGCCCUCCGCAGAUGUAUAGACCUGAAGAAGGACAACCUGACUGCCCUUAUGGCUUUGGCUGUCAGUUUUACUAAUGAAUCGCUGCACAGGCAGGCAUGUGAGACGUUACGGGACUGGCUGAAGCACAAUCCAAAAUAUCAGUCUGUGUGGGAGCAGUACGAGCGGGAUCGCCAAAGGGAUGGCGGUCAGGAGAGAGAAAAAGAAAACGAAAGGUUUGGAUCCUUGUUGCCUGAAUCAUUGUUCACUGAUGUCCAGAAUCUGUUCCUAUGUGCAGCCAACUCUGACCCUUCUCAGGUGGACCCCCAAUUGCAGUGUGGUCUGGGAGUUCUUUUCAACCUGAGCGGAGAGUACGACAAAGCGGUGGAUUGUUUUAGUGCUGCUCUCUCUGUCACUCCUCAGGAUUACCUGUUGUGGAACAAGUUGGGUGCUACACUAGCCAAUGGUAGCCGCUCAGAGGAGGCAGUGGCCGCCUACAGGAGAGCUUUGGAACUGCAGCCGGGUUUUGUCCGCAGUCGCUAUAACUUGGGAAUCAGCUGCGUUAAUUUAGGCGCUCACAGAGAAGCCGUGGAGCACUUUCUGGAAGCGCUCUCUCUCCAGCGACAGGCUGCAGGAGAUGGAGCGAGAGCAGCGAGGGGACCCGGAGGCGCAGCAGCAGUGGUGAUGUCUGACAACAUCUGGUCCACGCUACGGAUGGCUCUCAGCAUGAUGGGAGAGAGCUCUUUGUACGCUGCAGCCGACCGAAGAGACUUGGACACGUUGCUGGCUCAUUUUAACCAGAGAGAGGUGGAGGGUGGAAGUGAAUGAGAACUAAUCAGGCGGGGGUUUAUUGAGUGUGAAUGUGCUCAGAUGGGAGGUCAGUGUUUGGGUGAAGCAAAAAUGUGGAAAUAAAUUGGACACGGGGACACUGUGACAUCAGAGAUGUUGGAGCUUCACGUGUUUUAAAUGAGUACUAUAAUGCAGUAUCAGUCUCCAGCUAGGGAAGAAAAAACAAGCUGCUACUGUGUUUCAGAAGUUUGCCAGUCCUCAUAUUUCCCUCGGUGUUGUUCUAGCUAAUGAGGUGAAACGGUUCCCUUUGUUUACUUGAAGUUUUGAAGAGUUAUGUAAACAACACCGAGCAUGCCAAUCAUUUCUGUCAGGUUCUUAGGUUGGUUUUUGAUGAUACUCAGUACUCUCUCCGUCUUCAUUACCUACAACUUCUAGUACUUCUAGUAUUUAAGGGAUUUGAAGCUGCAGAGCUGCUGUAAGGUUAGAGUUCUUCUUUUCACCCAGAAGUGCUUUCAAAAGAAAAGUUUAGUCAAAGAAGUACACAGCAAAAAGUGCUGCAGCUUUUUUUUUUUUAUCAUAUGUACUUUCUUAGUAGUCAUUGAUCUGCCAGGACAAUAAACUGGCAACCAGCAGGACUGUUAUUGUUAUGAUUAGGUGUGUGUGUGUUCAUUGUAAUUAACUGGACAACAUCUAAAACAUGAUGCAUCGUGAGAAUGAUUGUUUGGCUCCCCGCUGUUUUGCUCUUUUUCCUGAAGCCCUUAAACUAAUUUUGCUUCAUUGUAAAAUAAUCCUAUAUGCCAUGUGUAUUGUAACAUAAUUGAUGCACUAUAAUUGUUUUCAGGUUACUUGGAUCCUGAUUGCAAUCUUUAUUAUAAUAUCCAGCAAUAAAGCUUUGAUUCCAAUCGA